AUGGCUCAAGCAUUCAUGAACAGCAAGAUCCAGUCUGGGAAGGUGGUCGUGUUCAUCAAGCCCACCUGCCCCUACUGCAGAAGGACUCAGGAGCUCCUCAGUCAACUGCCCUUCAAACAAGGGCUUUUGGAAUUUGUCCGUAUCCAAAUCUUGUAUCUCAUUGGUGCCAUCGGUGACACCAGUGAGAUACAAGAUUACUUGCAACAGCUCACAGGAGCCAGAACGGUACCUCGGGUCUUCAUCCGUAAGGAGUGCAUAGGUGGAUGCACUGAUCUAGUAAAUAUUCAUGAGCGAGGGGAACUGUUGACACGGAUAAAGCAAAUUGGAGCUCUGCAAUAA